AUGUCUAUCAAACAGCCCGCUGCAGCUCCCAAGAACAUGGAUGGCUCUGCCUUGCGGAUUGCCAUUGUUCAUGCUCGAUGGAACCCAACCGUCAUUGAACCACUCGUUCGAGGCUGCCAGGAAGCACUCCUCGCUGCUGGAGUUCGCUCAGACAACAUUCACGUCUCCUCUGUCCCUGGCUCUUUUGAAUUGCCUUUUGCUACACAACAGUUGAUUGCACAGAGUCAAGCACAAGCUGCUACAUCAAGUGUUGUCUCAGCAACAGAUUUGUUGUCUGUUGGUACGUCUGCUGAAACUCCAGCAGGUCAAGCAGCGACAAAAGGACCAUCGACGGGUGCUUUUGAUGCUGUCAUCUCAAUCGGUGUCUUGAUUAAAGGCGAAACGAUGCAUUUCGAGUAUAUCUGUGAUGCAGUGUCGCAUGGCUUGAUGCGUGUACAAUUGGAUAGCAGGAUACCGGUCAUCUUUGGCGUAUUGACAGUCUUGACAGAAGAACAGGCAUUGGCGCGUGCGGGUGUUUCUGGUGACAAGCAUAAUCAUGGCACGAGCUGGGGAGAAGCAGCAGUGGAGAUGGCUUUGGCAAAGACGGCAGGGCUAUAG